AUGAUGGGCUGCUUUUGUUUGCGUCGGAGGGCACCAGGGCGCAAGGCGAGCCUGUGCAGCGACAGUGACAUUACAGGCUGCGUUGCUCCGGAGACUUCAGUAAAAAGCACAUCCAAAAUACCUGAGACAUCAGGGCAAUGCCAGGGAUUUCCCUUUGACUCGUCCCAGGAUUACCUGCACUUACUUUGCAAACUGCAACGCGACCUUUGCAAUCUCCAAUCCAAAUCUAUAGAGGGUCGUGCGAUAGCCAUGGUGCGGAUGCUUCGAACGGCUCUCUCGGCCUCAACUGUCAGGCUCUACGGUGCUUGUCAGGAGCGAGGCUCCACUGCGCUCGUGCUUCUCGCCACCGCUGGUGCUUCCGCUGAUGCCGGGGAUAGUGGAUCUGCUGUCGCAAAGGACGGCUUUGGCCAGGCCAUCGAGAUCGCGGUUGACUGCCAACACCCGCCUCCGCCAUCCGUGGCCAUACACCGACUCUACACCUGCAGCACUGGCUUCAGCGGUGCCACCGCUGCCGCUGCCACCGCCGGAAAGAUACACAGCGCCUCAGUGCCGUACUGGUGCCCUGACACCCCCACCCUCCUGCAACGAGCGGUCGCGUCCUGGGUGCACCCCUGUACGAAUUUUUCCAAGGGCACCCUGUACGAUAUUUUCCAGCAUGCUCCGCCACUUGUAUCCGGAAAGCUCCGCACGCCACUUCCCCUCAGUUGUGGAACGCAUCUUCUUGGGGUUCUUUGGAUCGCGGCUGGCGGCGGCCCCAGCACCGUGCACAGCAGCCGCUGCGGCGGUGGCGGCGGCGGCGGCGACGGCGACGGCGACGCCGGCAGCAGGGAGCGGACCCCGCCGGCGUUACGGCAGCUCUUGUCUAGCUCGACGGCACUGCACCAGCUGUCGUUGUCCGCCUCCGCGGCGUUGACAUGCACCGUAUCAGGUCCCGACGGCCAGCCGUACAUCUGCUGGCUGGCUGCAGUGCUCAGUCGCAUGGAGAGCUCGUCUACGCUACAGGCGCUGAUUUCGGAGCUGACGGGCGCUCUGGAGGAUCAUGUACGGCAGCGCUACCUCCUAAAGCUUACGGUGAAUCCGGCUUUGGUCCCGUCAUGCAAUUCUGAUGUGGGCUAUAUGCUGAUCUCCCAGGCACCACCAGCACCGGCACCCAAUACCAUGGGAACUUCAGUACUGCUGCCGAGCGCCAACAGCUCCGUAGGGACCUUCACGCGGCAGCGCCGUACUGCGCCGCCGCCGCUGUCGUACAUGGUGGAUCACGGCAGCCCUCUGAGCAGCUCCAGGGGCAGGCGGGACAGCGCACUAGCCGCUCAGGGCUUCGGUGGCGGCGGCGGCGGCGGCGGCAGCGGCGGUGUAAUCACGGAAGAUUUGAGCGGGGAGCCAUGUACGACACCUUUGGUAGCAGCGGCGACGCCGGCGGCGCUGCUGACGCGGCCAUCAGCGUCAUUAAUUGCAGCUGGGGGCCCUACGGUGAUGGCGAAGGCGCGGCAGCAGAAGAGGCAUGGAAUACGGCGGUGGGUCGCGGGGGGGCCUACAAACUUCAUGGCAGGAAGCUUCUCCUCUGGCCCACAGAACCCGCAAGAGCAGCCACAGCAACAACUACAAGGAGAGCCGGCGUCUCAGCUGCACGCGCCGGGAACACCGUCGGCGCUCCCGGGGCGCUUGGCUGGUGCUGACGCUGCCGUACGAGAUCUGGCGCUCGCACUGGCAGCGGGCGGCGGUGCAGUCCAUUAUAUGGGUGAGUACGGCAGCAUGACGUGUACGGCGCACAACACCAAUGCCAACGGCUUUGCAGCGCUGGGCAUGUUGCGCGCCAAGGCCUUCAAGCUCUCUCACACCCUCCUACAGCGCUUGAUGGACGGUGGAUUUGGCAAUGGCGGCAUCAGCGCAGCCGGGCCCGCCAGCACUGGCGCAGACAGCAUAGGCACGGGGAAGUACGGCAGCAGCGGCGCCGCGGGCCUCCUUAGAAAGGAUAGCAGCGGCUUCAACGGCGGCGGCGGGGGCAUCGGCGCCAAUACGGCAGCGCUCGCAGGCAGCGGCUGUCCCGCCGGCAUUAUCAUACCCUGCUGCGCCCGCUGGGUGCAGGAUGUACGACACCCCUCUCGAGAUCUGUGUCUUUUGAUGCUAUCAGGCAAUUCCCUGCGCAGCCUUGGCAGCAGCGGCUGUGACGAAUUUGGUUUCGGAGGAAUGGCAGGUGCGGGGGGCGCUACAAGCCACGUGAAGUCGCUGGUGCUGCUGUGCGUGGAGAUCGAUCGCGUCGCAGGGAUCUUCCUCGGCCUCUACCUCGCCUUCCCGUCCCAACUCCCCAACCAGCUGUUGGAGGCCGUUCGGGCCAGUUGCAGUGAGCUGUUACAGCGGCGUGUUGGCGGCGGCGGUGGCGGCGGCGGCUUCCUCAGCGGCAACAGCACCUUCGACGACCUCUCACGAACAUUCCACACCGGGCCCACCGACGGAGGGCCCAACCAAGGAGCCGAGUUGAUCAGCGACCUGGAGUUAAACGAGGAUUUUGGUAAUGACGAGCCACGCAGGCGGCAUAAUGGGGCCCGAAUCCGUACAGAUCAUGGAUCCCGCAUUGUCCUGCGAUUUGCUGAACACGGCGGUGGAUUAUGGCUGCGGGGGCGGGCCAGGGGGCAUGCCGGCGGCAUCGGUGCUGAAGGUACAGGAGGACAAUUCAGGAAAAGAGCUCUUCCAAACUCAUGCAAAUGGAGCCUCUGCAGGGGUACGUUUCGGAGCUUUGGGCCUUCCGUGGGCAACACGGAGGAUCUAGACGAGAUCCAACUGUACGACAUUCUUGGCGAGGGUGCCAGCGGUGUCGUACUGCGCGGCAAGAUGGGCACCGUGCCCGUGGCGGCUAAGCUCAUGGAGAUCCCGCAUGUGGACGAGCAAGACGACAAGGAAGGCAGCAGCAGUGACGACAAUGCAAAGGUUGAAGGCGCCGGUCCUGCCCCCAAGACCUCAAAGGAACACAUGAGUGCACGGCACAGCAUGUACCGCAAUGCCAUGGAACUGGCCGUACUGAAAAGUACGACACACGUGAACAUUAUACAGUGCCUUGGAAUUUUUGAUAACGUGCUUUUGGAGCAUUUGCCCGGCCCCGGCGGCACCCGGGGCUGUGUGCUUCGGAGGGCUAACGGAGCCGACGUGCCAACGACCCGCACAUCAGGUUCGCCACUCUGUACUGUGAUCGUGACGGAGCUGUGCGACAGCUCGUUGCAGGCGGUGCUGGCGGACAGGUCGUUUCCGCGGAUGGCGGUUGUGGGGAUGUCGGCGUCGCAAACGCUUAGUCGGGGCGGCGGUGGCGGCGGCGGCGGCGGUGGCGGUGGCGGCGGUGGCGCGGACUGCAGCAGCGGCGGAGAAAGGAAUCGGUACAGAAUCGACCUGAAACCAGGUAAGGGAGUGUACCUCACCGUACUCGAGAUUGCAUUGGCGCUCCGCCAUUUACACUCACGUCGCCUGGUACACCGCGACCUGAAACCCGCCAACAUACUCCUCAAGCAUAGCCCGGGUGACCCCCGUGGCUGGAUCAGCAAGCUGGCGGAUUUCGGGUUCGCGUUGUUGCUGGACCGACAGCACCACCACCACAACAACGACAACAACAACAUCAACACGGGAAGUUACAACAACUACAAUGCGAAUAGCGGCUCACGCACCAGAGCGAGUCUGGCAGCCGCCGGGGCGUACACCCUUGUGGGGGGCGGAGGCGGCCUAGGCGGAGGCGGAGGCGGCGUUAGCAAUAGCAGCAGCAGCAUCGGCAGCGGACCCCCCGGAUGGGCCGCAUUCUACACCAUCCAGGAACAAGCAUGCGGAACGGUGACGCACAUGGCGCCGGAGGCGAUGCGUCCCGACUCGCGCAUCGAUGCUUCUGUGGACAUCUACGCGCUUGGUAUUCUGAUGUGGGACAUCGUUGUAGGACGAGGAUAUCGACCGUACAAGGAUCUGCAACCAGACCAAAUUCCAUCCGCGGUUUUGGCCGGCUGCCGGCCCAUAUUCCCCGACUGGGUGCCCUCGUCGUAUAGCGGCGGCAAGGAGCAGGCAGCGCGCGUCUUGAUGACAAAUAGGCGGGGGCUUGUUCGCCCCAGGGCAAGAGGCAUUUCCCGGAGAGGGUCUUUCGGGGUUUACAGGGUCUAA